AGAACCCUAUUUAUACUCCCGCUUCAAUGUAACAAGUACAUUUACAAGUACGUCCUCAGUCAACGAUGAUCUAUUUCGCACUUGUCUUCGCCCUUUUGGGUUCGUCCGAAGGCUGUGGGCAGCGUCCGUUCCAGUCCCGCGUCGUCAAUGGUGACAACGCGGCCCAACAUUCAUGGCCCUGGCAAAUCAGCCUGCGAGUGAACGGGAGACAUAUCUGCGGGGGGUCCCUCAUCACACCUGAAUGGGUACUCACCGCUGCCCACUGUGUGGAAGACUUUCCGCACCCGAGUGGGUACACCGUGGUUGUUGGUGCGCAUAGGAUAAAAGAAAGGUCCGCUAUCCAGCAGGAAUUCCGUCUCACCAAGUUGUUUAAGCACAAGGACUUCAGUAUGAGUCACUUAAAGAAUGAUGUGGCACUGCUGAAACUCGAUAACCCCAUCCAGCCAAGCGAUAAGGUUAACACGGUCUGUCUACCGGAGAGAAACAGCCGCGCCCAAGUUGGUGCCCAGUGCUUCAUCACGGGUUGGGGUCGUCUUGUUGGCGGCGGUCAACCCUCUGAAAUUUUGCAGCAAGCCAUGCUCCCCGUCGCGUCUCACUCGGCGUGUGAUCGCAAGAACAGCUACCUCGUCCCCGUGGAGGAAAAGUCCAUGAUCUGUGCAGGUGGAAUGGGUAUGGGCGGUUGCCAAGGCGACAGCGGUGGCCCCUUCGUGUGCAAUGAGGGCGGUAGAUGGGUACUUAGGGGUGCGGUCAGCUGGGGUCAACCAAUGUGCGGGACGGACCACUACACCGUCUUCGCGAGAGUCAGCAGCUUUAUCGACUGGAUUAACGACAUGAUGUCUGGAGCCGGUGGUAGCGGAACUGGAGGUGGAGCGGGGGGUUGCCGCGACCGUAGCUCCAUGUGCCCUACGUACAGGCGCUACUGCCAUAUGUCCAACAUCCAACAAGCGUGCCCAAAAACAUGUGGCCGAUGUUAAUUUCCUUGGCGAGAAAAAUUCAAAGAUGCUAAACGAUAAUACUUGUGUAGGUUGGUGCCUAAUAAAGUUAAUUUGAGGGUGA